GUCCUGCCUUCCCGCGCACGCAGUGCAGACGACAGGCAGGCAGGAGGCCCGGGAGGUCCUGGAGUCCAGGCUGAAGGUCUUGAAGAAGGAUCUGGAGGACUAUGAGGCAUUUAGUUCCACUGAAGAGAAGGAGAGCAAGGAGCUCCUGAAGCAGAUGGUAGCUGAGCGAGAGAAGGUAGGGGCGGAGUUUCAGGCGCUGCGGGCCUUCUUGGUGGAGCAGGAGGGCCAUCUCCUGGGCCGCCUGGAGGAGCUGUCCAGGGAGGUGACACAGAAGCAGAAUGAGAACCUGGCCCAGCUGGGUGGCGAGAUCGCCCAGCUCUCUAAGCUCAGCAGCCAGAUCCAGGAGACCGCGCGCAGGCCUGACCUCGACUUUCUCCAGGAAUUCAAAAACACACUAAACAGGUGCAGCAAUGUGCCUGGCCCCAAGCCAACCACAGUCUCUUCUGAGAUGAAGAAUAAAGUCUGGAAUGUUUCCCUCAAGACCUUUGUCUUAAAGGGGAUGCUCAAAAAGUUCAAAGAGGAUCUUCGGGGAGAGCUGGAGAAAGAGGAGAGAGUGGAGCUGACCUUGGACCCGGACACGGCCAACCCCCGCCUCAUCCUCUCUCUGGAUCUUAAGAGCGUGCGGCUGGGACAGCGGGCCCAAGACCUGCCCAGCCACCCGCGCCGCUUCGAUACCAACACGCGAGUCCUGGCGUCCUGUGGCUUCUCCUCGGGGCGGCACCACUGGGAGGUGGAGGUGGGCGCCAAGGACGGCUGGGCCUUCGGCGUGGCCCGCGAGAGCGUGCGCCGCAAGGGCCUCACCCCCUUCACCCCGGAGGAGGGCGUCUGGGCGCUGCAGCUCAACGGCGGGCAGUACUGGGCGGUGACCAGCCCCGACCGGACGCCCCUUAGCUGUGGGCACCUGUCCCGCGUGCGGGUGGCCCUGGACCUGGAGGUGGGGGCCGUGUCCUUCUACGCUGCGGAGGACAUGCGCCACCUCUACACCUUCCGCGUCAACUUCCAUGAGCGCGUGUUCCCCCUUUUCUCUGUCUGCUCCACCGGCACCUACUUGCGAAUCUGGCCUUGAGGGGCAUCGGCCCGCCUCCCAGACGGGAUGUCAGUCAAGGGUGAGCUCCUCCUUGUCCUGCUGCUUAUGGGAAGGGAUGUUGCUGUCCACGGGAGCCUCGGGGUCACUUUGGGUCUGCCCUCCACUCUCCUGCCCCAGGCUGCCUUAGAGGGGCUUCUGCAGACCACAACAUCCGAGGUAUGAGAAUGGGCAACUGGGGAAAAGGCUCAGUGAUCAACUGAGCAGAGGAAGAGAUGCCUAGGACCCUUGGGGCCUGUCCUCUGCCUGUUGUCCAGGGGCGUGUGCAUUUGGCUACAGUUGUGAGGAGGUACACACAGGUGAGGACAAGAGCCCAGCUCCUGACAGGUGCUUCCUAUCACUGGGGCUUACUGCCCAGACUCAGCAGGGCCUGGUGCUGAACAACACCACACCAGGUCCUGUGCUGUUCUCAGUUGCAAGGGGGUGGUUCACACCCAGCCAGCCAGGUUCAGUUCUGCUUUGCCUUCUUGUCAGGUGCGAGCCUUGCCUUCAGAGACCUGAAUCCAACUGGCCCGAUGAAGUCAUCUACUCAGGGAGGAGCACUGUACUUCCAGCUCAGAGGACAGCCUGGGCCAGAACUGGAAGGAGACCCUUGACCUGUACAUGAGGAAAAGUCCAGGACAACAGCAUGUAGGCACUGCUGCCCUUCAGCACUCCUUAACCCGAUGAUACAAAGUGACACAUGUGUCCUCAGCCACAGUGACAGCCAACACCUGUUUUCACAGAUGCCUAACCCCCUUUCAAGUGCCAAAGUACAGUCUCCCUUGGGUAAGGAGACCAGAAAUUCUGGAAUUUUGAAACACAAGACAGCACUUAUAAUUUUACAGAUGCAACUAACACCAGAAUGGAAAUGCACAGAGCACAAACAUGCCCCUGACAAAUCCUUUCUGGAACUUGCCAAAUGUAUGCCAACAGCAGAGGACCCUGGUGCCAAGGCCUGCUCAGCCUGUGCCCUGGACGGUGUGAUCCCCUUGGCUAAUUGUUCCCCAGCUUCAGUGUGGCUGGGAUUCUGGGAGGGGUGGUGGGCUGUCCCUUGCUUAGUGUUCCCCAGGGAUGGGGGGUGGGGAGAUGGAAAUACAGACUGUGAGCUCAUUUCUAGGGUGGUUUGGCUCAUUCUCGACUCCCCCAGGCUGAGUGCAAGAGCACAGGUGUGAGCAAGG